AUGUCCAACACAAAGACCAUCCGUGUUCCCCAUUUGGGGGGGAUAUCUGUCGGAUACCAGAUGCCGCGACCUUACGAUCCUACGAAGCCCACGCUGAUGAUGAUCAAUGCGUUUACCAUGACUUCUGAGUUAUAUCACGCCCAAUUCGAAGAUUCUCAACUCAACAACGCUAUGAAUCUGUUGGCGGUUGAGCUGUUGGGUCACGGAAAGACCCGCACUGAACGUAGCCACUGGACAUAUUGGGACACGGCGGAAAUGAAUCUGCAGGUCUUGGAUGCCAUGGGUAUUGAGAAGGCCUUCGUGUUGGGCACCAGCCAAGGUGGCUGGGUGACAGUCCAAAUGGCAUUGAUGCGACCGGAAAAGAUUGCUGGAAUCAUUCCGAUGGGGACUUCCAUGGAUUCAGAGUCCGAGCACAGCCGUCAAAUGCAGUGUUGGGAUGGCCCAAGCAUUGUGAAGAGCUUUCUAAGCCAGUGGGCCAACAGCCAACCAACCACAGACUUUGAUCCUAGUACUGAAUAUUGCGAUGCUGUAAUCAAUAUUGGACUUAACGAGUGCUCGUGCGAUGUCCGCCAGUUUUGGACGAAGACUAUCAAGGAAAAUUACAGUGGAGAAGACGGCCGCAAGCGAAUUCGAAUGGCGGCAAUCAAUUUAGCGGAACGUGAUGGGCUGCGACUGCGACUGCCGGAUGUUGCUUGUGCGGUGAGAUGGAUACAUGGGACCAGGGAUGCUGUAUUCUCGGUGGCAAAUGCUGAAGAGGAAAUCCAGAUGUUCACUGGAUCACCAGAUGCUCAGCUGAUGAAAAUAGACGGCGGUGCCCAUUUUUUGAAUUCUUCUCACCCUAAAGAGGUCAAUGCCGCCGUGCUCAAAUUCAUUGUCAAUUGA